AUGGUAGAAUUGAAGGGUGCUGGAUCGAGUACAAGCAAAAAUCUAGCCACCGAAAUUAUAAAAAUCUUAAAAAAAUAUGACAUUGAUUUAAGACAGAUAGUGUCAGUUACGUCGGAUAAUGGCGCAAAUAUGCUCAAAGCAACUAAAAUAUUAUCUUUUGUUUCCGAAGAAGAAUCGGAAGAAUAUGAAGCAGACUGCACAAAUGAUGAAUAUCUCAAAAAAAUUGAACUUUUGGAGGAAAUACCAGAUAUGUUAUUGGGCAACAUUCAAACCCAAGACGAAAAUUUCGAGAUUGACGACUCCUUUUGGGAAUUCAUCGACAGCUAUUGCCUCGUAUUUAGUCCAUUGCAAAAAGCUAUAAAAAUAUUUCAAGAAGAGCAACUUCACUAUGGUAAUUUCUACGCACAAUGGCUCAAAUGCAAAAUAUGCACAGAAAAAAUUAUUAAAGAUUCGAACCACCCACUAAUUAAAACAAUUGGUGAUAUGAUAUUGCAGUCCUUUGAAAAAAGAACAAACAUGUUAAUGCGCAAUAACAGUUUUAUUUCAUGUUUGUAUUUGGAUCCUCGGUUCCAUCACACCUUAACAGCGAACCAAAAAAUGGAAGCAACACAAUAUUUAAAAACAAUAUGGGAUAGAAUUAAUGAAACUAACCCUGGCGGCAUUGCGCAUUCAACUCCGAAUUCAAGUGCACAUCAAACACCCAACCAAUUUUUUGAUGUUGAAGAUGAAUUAUUAAACGAAUAUUUAUCGCAAGGUAUUGAAGCUAACGUUGGUACUGCUACCGAUGUACAUACAAAAAUUAAAAAUCUGCAGCUACCAAUCCUAAGAAGUGACGCAAACGUUCUAAUAUUUUGGAAGGAAAAGCAGUUUACUGAUCCAGAGAUGUACGCGUUAAGCAAUGUCUGCUUUGCAAUACCACCCACUCAGGUGACGAUUGAACGUGCAUUUUCCAUGCUUAAGCUAAUACUAACGGACUCCAGGAAUCGUUUAAGUGAGGAAACGUUGGAAAACAUAUUGCUAGUAAAGCUGAAUCCGAACUUCCUCGAAGCUGCUAUAGACAAUGUGCCACUCUUUCAACACCCGGAUGAGGAACAAGAUUAA